GUUUCCGAACUUCUCUCUGCGUCGAAUAUUGCGCCAAAACUUCAUUUCGAGUUCUACCAGACACUACUAACUCGAGAGCUAGUUCCACCUGAUAGAUUUGUGUGACCUAUCUAUCAUGGUUUCCUCGUGAAAAAAGAACUGCAACUAGUUAUUGGAAGUUCAGAGAGAAGGAAAAUAAGAAAUUGUAUUCUGGCAUCAGUGAAGCCUCGUCAGAUGUUUCAGCUGGCCGUAGUCGCGGAUUGUUGUCAUUCUGAGUCAGUGUGUGUUUGUUUUCAUCUGGAUAUUAUUGCAUGUCGUUGAAGUUGUCCACUAUGCUAGUGUGUCAAAAAUAAAUGGUGAAUAAUCGUGCAUUAUGUUUUAUGUGUGCCAAACGAUAAUUUUAGAAUUUUUAUUCCCAACUGUAAUUCGAUUCUGAUUUUUGUUUGAUUUAGAAGACCAGCGGAUCCGUAUUUGGAAUUUUUUGAAAAACUUUUUCUGUAAUUUUUAUUGAGAAAAUUGACGAUAUAUUGUGCAGUUUCAUGUGAGAAAAAAAAUUGGAGAAUUUGUUUACUUAUCAAAUGCAAACGAUCAGCAUAAAAAGUUGAGAAAAUGAUAUUUUAUUUUGUUGUCAUUUAGUAGCUCAACUUAUCUCUCCAAAAACAGUUCCGCAACUUCUAUUUAUUUUAGCUUAAAGAGAAUUACGAUACGCAGUCAGUGACGAUUGAUUGAACUUUCAUUUGUGUUUAACUUAGAGAUAUGAAUGAAAACUUUAGAUAAAAAGUGUUUGUGAAAUGAAAACAGAAGAUUUCUACUAAAAAGGUUUGCUUUAGAAGGAAAGGAGACUAAAACCCGGAAAAAGUUCGAAAUAGAGUAAUAUCCUUUUGCUAUACAAAUUUACUUUGAUAUGAAACCUCUUACGUAAUCUAAACAAUGAGUAGAACCAAAUGCGAUUCUACGUCAGGUUCAUGGUUUGGCGAGGAUUACCGCAAUAGCUCUCAGUUCCGUUCGAAGCAAAUGCCAUCCGCUGUAGAUAUUGACUCUAGCUGUAUUUGGGAUAGAAGCAAGGUGGAUUCUGUUGACUCGACGCAACCUUCAUCUAAACUCAACAAAUACAGCCUUGUCAUUGUUCUUCCAUCAAAUGUUGACGAACUCAAAGAAAAGGAUACCUCUUGCACCCAAAGCAAUGUCUUAGCCCAAACCGAUUCUGGUGUUGGGUCGAUGUCACCUUCACCACCAAAGACACCGACUCCCGAUUAUGAUUCUCUCGAAGACGAUGUGGAUUGUAACGUCCAAGCGGUCACUCCCCCAGUUGUACCAGUAAAGAAAGUGCAUUUUUCGAUUACUGAUGAUCUGGAAUCGUCCAGCUCGUCCCAAAAGUCAUCGAAGUCUUCUUGGAGGGACUUGCUGGUGACUGACGCUCCAGUGGAAUGUUAUCAGGAUAACUUAGCGCUGUGCUAUCGGCAAGAAUGGGUAAACGGAGAGGUAAAAACAAAGUCAAAGAGUGUUUCAAAACACCACUUGUCGACGACACUUCUUCACGACUUGGAUAAGAUUUCGUCGCGAUCUAGAUCUGAACUUAAGAGACGCAGUGGUACGAAACUUGUGCGAAGAACAAGCUCGUUGGAUCGAUUUGUUUGGUUGAGAUACCACCAGAAAUGUGAGAACAGAACUCCGUUGUUCUGCGAUCCUGAUCCUUUGAGGGAACCCAUAUAUGUUAUGACUAAAAAAAGUCAUGGAAAGUCUCAAAAGCAUCACAAGAAGUCUGAGAGUUCCUCCCUUAAGCCUGUUGAGCGGGCUUCUUGUGGACCUGGUCCGCCAUUGAAACAACUCCGUUCUUAUUCUGUGGAAAGCAACAGCAACUUUGCUUCUUCGCAACUUGGACGCGCCAGACAAAGAUCUGUGAGUGGAAAUGUUUCCAGCAAGAAGACACCGGUGCGCCGUGUCGAUGAUGAUGCACUCAAAAGAUCACGUCUUCAUAAUAGCCAGUACGAGCUCUCUCAGGACUUACUCGACAAGCAGGUAGAAAUGCUCGAAAGAAAAUAUGGUGGAGUCUGUGCACGAAAGGCAGCUCUAACUAUCCAAAGAGCCUUCAGAAAAUACACCAUCAUGAAACGAUUUCAGGACAUUGCGAACGCUUCCAAAGGCGAAAAACGCCUGUCUAGGAGGUUCCCUACCUUCGACUUAGAAAACAAAGAAUGGAUUGUGUACAACAGCAAUGGCACUGUGUCACGCUAUCCCCACUUCCAACACCACCAGGCGUGUUACGAGGGUGAACUGAAACUCUGCAAUAACUUUCACACCAAUAUCAAUUCCGAUGCACUCAUGCAAUCUCAUUACAAUGCACUGUAUCGCGAACUGAAUGAAACUCUAGAUUCCGAGGACUGUUCUAGGUAUGCCAAACCCUGUCGCACGCAGAGCUUCAGGGAGAGGAGAAUCAAAUUCCAAGAAGCAUAUGGACAAGGACCUUAUGUGAACGAUUACAAUAACAAAGACACUUACGAUCAGUACAUGGGUAAGCAGGUACCGCACCUGAAUAGUGCAUAUUAUCAGGAUGCGUACCAAUCUUCCCGUUCCCCUCCGUCAUUCCCGCGUCAUCCGGCAUGGACUGCAAUACCUAGUGCUAAUUCUCAAAGAACUCAUUGUUCACCUAAUCAGACUACAGUUUAUGUUCAUUCUAGUCCAAGUAUUAAAGUUCAGCAUUCAGAUAACUUCCAACCGAUGAGAGAUUCUGUGUCAUCCGAAGAUAGUGCACUCGGUUCACUAAGUGUAGAUAUAGAUCCAAAUGAAGCAGACUCCAAUCUGCUUCGUGGUUCAUCCACUAGACAUUCUCUUCAAAUUAGUCCUUCCAAAAUGGCAACAUCUAAUGUUUUACAAAGGAACGCUGUGAGGGCAAGUGAUGUGGCUCUCAGCAGACGAGUGAGUCCUAGAGUAGUAGUAGUAGAACAGAAGAAGGUGCCACCCCAGGUUCCUAAAAGAACGUCCUCUAUACCCGGCAGAGAUGACAGUUCUGAAUCUGUAGAUGUGAUAUCUGAAAAUAGUCAACAGUCUACCUGUAAAUCUUCUAAUAAAACUGUAGAAGCUUCUCCAGUCUGGAAAAGAAAAUCUCUAGUCUUAGCAGAACAGUCCAUUAGCGUGGAAGACAAACGUCUAAGCAAUAUAUCAGAAAAUAGUGAAGACAGUAUGGAUAGUGGAGGUGGUUAUUCCAAUACGCCACCUGCUGAUAUGAGUCAUUCCUUCAAUGUACAUAAUUACCCUGAUGUUCGAACGCCUCAUGAUUUACCUGGUACACCAACUAUUUAUAAGCUAACAGAAAUCCAGAGGAAGAGACAAUAUAGAGUGGGUCUUAAUCUAUUUAAUAAGAAACCUGAACGAGGAGUUCGCUACUUAAUUCAACGAGGAUUCUUGGAGGCUUCUCCCCAAGCUGUUGCCAGAUUCCUGUUGACGAGAAAAGGUCUCAGCAAACAAAUGAUUGGAGAAUACCUAGGAAAUUUGCAGAAUUCAUUCAAUAUGGCAGUGCUUGAAUGUUUUGUUCAAGAAUUGGACUUGGCAGGCAUGCAAGUUGAUGUUGCACUUAGGAAAUUUCAAACAUUUUUCAGAAUGCCUGGGGAAGCACAAAAAAUAGAAAGACUAGUUGAAGUAUUUAGUCACAGGUAUAUUGACUGUAACCAUGACAUUGCUUCCAAGUUUCAUAAUGCUGAUACAGUGUUUGUGCUGGCUUUUGCAAUCAUUAUGCUGAACACAGACCUCCACACCCCUAACAUGAAAGCAGAAAAGCGUAUGAAAAUAGAAGAGUUUAUCAGAAAUCUUAGAUCCAUUGAUGAUGGUCAUGAUUUGGAUCGAGAUAUGCUGGUGGGUAUUUAUGAAAGAAUCAAAACAAAUGAAUUCAAAAUGGGAUCAGAUCAUGUGACACAAGUGCUAAAAGUACAACAAACAAUCGUUGGUAAAAAGCCAAAUCUAGCUUUACCUCAUAGGCGUCUCGUCUGUUACUGUCGAUUGUAUGAAGUGUAUGAUGUGAGUAAAAAGGAAAGGCCUGGAGUUCAUCAACGAGAAGUGUUCCUAUUCAAUGAUUUAUUAAUGGUUACCAAAAUCUUUAGCAAGAAAAAGAAUAGUGUAACUUAUACUUUCCGCCAGUCUUUCCCACUUUGUGGUAUGAGUGUCACUCUUUUUGAAGCCCCAUAUUAUCCUCAUGGAAUCCGUUUAAGCCAAAGAGUUGAUGAUAAAGUAUUGAUUACUUUCAAUGCUCGAAAUGAACACGAUCGAUCCAAGUUUGUUGAAGAUCUUAAAGAAUCCAUUCUAGAGAUGGAUGAAAUGGAAAAUCUGAGAAUUGAAGGUGAGCUUGAGAAGCAAAAGAUGACGAGGGUAAGAGGUGCAGAAAAUAGAGAUUCCGGUGUGGCUGACAUGGAAAUAAUACCUCAACAAUCGAAAGAUGGAAAACUCUCACCAGAAAGUGUGGCCUCCUCCAGCAACCUUAAACGUUCUGCAUUGUCCAACUCCCUGCUAGACCUCCAUGAACAACAAAUUAAUAAACCAGUUCGAAGGGGAAGUGCAGGCUCCUUGGAUAGUGGAAUGUCAAUAUCUUUCCAGUCUUCUGCAGCAAGCAGCGUAAGCCAUGACUCCUCCCCACAAAUUGUCCACGCCAGUUCCACGUCUUCUGGGUCAGGAUCAAGUCUGGGAAGUACUCGUAGCGGCCAAGAUUCAUCAUCCAAACCACCACCAUCGCAAGCAGGAUUCUUAGGCGGCCUUUUCAGUAAAAAAGCAAAAAACACUAGUAAAGGCAAUUUGAGAAAACCCAUUGAUACGCCAGAUCCUUAAGACGAGUGUGUGUUUAGAGUUGCAAAAUAGAAAAACACGGCUUUUUGUAAAUUAUUAGUGCAUUAGCAAUCUCUUUGCUACAGCUCUUUGCAUCAGACAAAUCAAUAUCUCAAUCUGCGCAAUGAUACAAACCCAGUGAUGUUGACACAUAGCUUUAUUUGAGUUUUAAUAUGCACACAUCCCCCAUGUGUGUAAAUGGUGUACAUAGUCUUCUAUCUCCUCCAUAAAGAAGUGUGUAAAAUAGACUUAUGUAUAUAGUAUUUAGUUAUCUCAUUUCUCUAACCAGACUGAGAUUUUGUGUACAAAUGAAGAAAAAGAAAAGAGUUAAUAUAUAUUGAGAGUGUAUGAUAUUUAAAUAAAAAAAAUAUAUAUUAUAUUCAGAAUAAAAUAGCUUUGAAGAGUUAGUGUAUUAUAGACCAGCUCAAAUUUAAUACGAAGAUGAGUUUUAUGUAUUUAAUAGUGAAAUCUUGUCAAGUUUCGUGAAUGAAGUACUUAUCUCUUUGUAUGCGGUGUGCAAUUCGGCAAGUAAUUUGUUUUAAAAAAAAUUGCAGAUUUAUUCGAAAUAUUUUACUUUUACAAAAUUUGUGAAUAUUCAGUCUGUUCAUAUUGCCUUAUUUUUAUUCAAAGACAAAAAAAUUUUCUAACUUAAUAUAAAUUCUUUAUUCAUAAUAAAUUUCUUGAAAAAAGGUUAAAUUUAAAUUGUUUCGAAUUAAUGCAUAUUUAUUGAGUAAAGGAAGGUUUCAAGUCAAUUUAACAAAAUUACAGCUUUUUGUUUUACACAAAAUUUAUGACUAUUACUUGUCUUUUAUUGUAUUUCCUGAUCUUGUAAAUACCCAAUUUUUUUAACAGCAUUGCAAGUAAAUUUCAAACUUCUUGAAGUAUUCUUACUUUUAAAUUUUUGUCUAAAAAAACUAAUGUAAAUACAAUAAAUGACAUAUUUAUUCCUUCAUUUAAUCAAUUUGGUUAAAUAUUCAAAGACUGUUUCAUUACUAAAGAAUGAUAUAAAUAUUUUUAAAAAUUUAACUAAUUAAAGGAAAAAAUGACAUUUAUAAGAAAAUAUUAUUCCAAAAUUUAUAUAAGAUAUUGUAUUUAAUGACUGUUAAAUUAAUCUAUGUUUAUAUUUUGAUAAUGGCUUUAUGAACAGACGAUUUUAAUUUAUUGAUACAUUUUAGUUUAAAUAAGUAUUCAGUCAGUCUUAGAGACAAAUAUUUCGAAGAUUUGAUUAAAAAUAAAAUGUAACUGUAUGAGUGUAAUAUUUAUGGUUAACCUGCUGGACAGUGUUUUACUAGACAAUUUUGUUUAUCUAUGUUUAUUCUUAAUUAAUAACAAGUUGUGUAACUAAUGUGAAAGAAUAAAUUUAUUAGUAAAAUUGAUUUGUAAUUUAGUAAACCAAAAGAAAAAUUAAUUUAAUUUUUCCUUAAGGCUAAAUUAUUAUAUAUACUAGAAUUGUUCUUUUUUUUAAAAAAAAAAUUAUUGAAGUACUAAUAUUACAGAAUAAAGCUUCCACAAAAAGUACUAAAUUUCAUUUUUUUUUUUGAUAUUGCUCUUUAAAAAGUACAUUAAAAUGCAAAUUUUGCUGUGUUUUGUAUUCACAUAUAAUUAUCCUUGACACUGAGCAACAUUUUUUAAACAAAGUUUUUCCUCCUGAUCAAGAAAAUGACCAAUUGUACAAUCUUGAAAAUUAAUUUUAUCGUAACAGACCCAUAAAAAAUUGACAUUUCUUUUACGUACAGACAGUAAAACUUUAAAAUUCAUUCUUAUUUGGAAAGUAGUUUCACAAAGUUUUAUUUAAGAGUUCAUUUUAUGUUCAAUUGAUGUAUUGUUUGUUUUCUGUGUAGUGUUUUUAAUGGAAAACUAUUUAAUUGGGUCCAAAAAAAACUGCACUUUUGUUAUUUGAUUAAUGAAACUGUCAAAUUCGUUUUUAUUUCAAUAAGUUUGAAAUUCUAAAUUUUAUGUCAUUGUUAAAAUUUUCUUUUUUUAUAUGUAUAUUUGAUGGAUGAAAUAAUUUUCUUAUUGUACUUAUAUUACAUUAAGAAGCCUGGAGCUUAACAAAAAAUAAAACUUUUAAACUUGAAAA